UUAACAACACCCGCGCGCACAUGCUUCUCCACUUAGCAUGGAGUAGCGCCGCUGCUGCCUCCCGUUCCGCCACAGCUCCCUCACUCACUCACUCCUCCACACGCACAUAUAAAUUUCGCUUAAGAAGCUCGGCCGUGGUGUACAGUCCCGGUCCUCUCUAGCUGAUCUGCGCGACGGUGCCGGCGUGCCGCCCGAGCUUUUCCGGCGCGCGGACGUCUCGGCAGGUUCUCCGGCUGGCACUGGCGCUGGAGCUUGAGGAGGAGGCUAUAUAUAGGGGGGUGGUGCUUCAGAACUGAAGCACACACCACAAACAAGAAUUGCAAACUGAUCGAGAUCUCAACGGUGAGAUACGAUGGCGUCGGAGAUGAGCAAGAACGGCGUGAAGGUCUCCGACGAAGAGGUCACCUCGCACCAGCGUGACCAGAGCACGGGUGGCGCCGAAGGCGGCGACUGUGAGGAUCAGACGGCGCCGCUGGCGCGGCAAUCGUCGAUCCUCGCGCUGACGCUGGACGAGCUGCAGAACUCGCUGUGCGAGCCAGGGCGCAACUUCGGGUCCAUGAACAUGGACGAGUUCAUGAACAACAUAUGGAAUGCCGAGGAGUUCCAGGCGGCGACGGGCGCCUGCGCAGCGCCGGAGAUGGAGGUAGCCGCCGUGGCGGGUGCCGGUGGGAUGGCAGGCGCAGGAGAUGCCGGAGGAAGCGGCCUAUGCCGGCAGGGGUCGUUCGCCUUGCCGCAGCCGCUGUGCCAGAAGACGGUGGAGGAGGUGUGGGCCGAGAUCAACAAGGAGGCACCGGCGCACGCCGCCCAUGCUCACCCCCAGCAAGCCUUGCCGCCGCCUCCUGUCCAGCCGCCGGUGGGAAACGGCGUUGGCGUUGCUGUCAAUGACCGGCAGGGGACGCUGGGCGAGAUGACGCUGGAGCAGUUCCUCGUCAAGGCCGGCGUGGUCCGAGGCUCCCUCGGCGGCGCCCAGGCGCCCCCUAUGCCGGUCGGCAUGGUCCACGGGCCGAUGAAUCCCAUGCAGCAGGGGCAGCAGCCUGGUCCGAUGAUGUACCAGGUGGCGCCGGUUAACGCCAUGUACCCGGGGAUGGGUGACGGCAUGGGCUUCGUCCCGAACGGGUACGCCGGGAUGGCCGUGGUGCCACCACCGCCUCCGUCUCAGGGCGGGGUGGGCAUCGUGAGCCCCGGGUCGUCGGACGGGAGGAGCGCCAUGACGCAGGCUGACAUGAUGAACUGCAUGGGCAGCGGGGCGAUGAUGGUGGAGAACGGCCCCCGGAAACGCUGCGCACCAGAGGACAGGCCCGGCGAGAAGACCGUGGAGCGUCGCCACCGCCGCAUGAUCAAGAACCGCGAGUCGGCUGCACGAUCCCGUGCCAGGAAGCAGGCGUACACCGUGGAGCUUGAAGCUGAACUGAACCACCUCAAGGAGGAGAACGCUCGUCUGAAAGCUGAGGAGACGAAGAUUCUGUUGGCCAAGAAACAGAUGCUGCUGGAGAAGAUGAUGGAGCAGUCAAGGGAGAACGCAAAAGCCAAGAAGGGCGGCACCCGGCCGCGCCGCUCCGGCAGCUGCAUCUGGUGAAAUGGAAACGAAGCUCGACCUGCAAUUCAGCAUCCAGAACCGUACCGGCGGGAGCAGGAGCAGGACUUCGUUCUGCCGUUAUAUUUUCCUUGUUCCCCGACAUAGCUAGUAAUGUUGCCGUAACUGUGGUGACGACAAUAGUAGCAUCUUUUCUUCUUUGUUUUUGAGCGGCGGCAGGAGUAUCUCAGUAAGAACAUGUAAACCAGGGAAGGCCCACAUUUCAGUGUUGAUCGGGGCAACCAGGUGAAUUUUUGUCGCUGUUACAGGUGGUGAUGAGUUUGUAAGAAACAACAGAAGCGAUGAGACAAUCGAUAUAUAAAUAUGUUUAUAAUAUGUA